GCUUAUGCUGAAGCCGGUGGCCGUGUUCUGGUGGGUGGGCGCCCCGCACAAGGUCGGGCGCUUGUGCCCAGGCGCCGCGGGUGGGCCCUCCUGGUGGCCACGGUCCCCUCCAGGCUGCGGGCGCGCCGGCAGUCUCUCCCCCGCCCCCCUCCCGCCCUUCUCGUCCUUCCCGCUCCUCCCUCCCUCCUUCUCUGCUCUGUUCCCUCCUCCUGCAGUCCGUCCCCUCCUUCUCUGCCCAGCCUCCCCACAGCCGAGGCUCCAACACCUGAGGGGACAGAAGCGAACGCGGGGAGCUCCAACAGGCGGCGGCACGGGACCGCGGGUCCAGGGGUGGCCUCCGCAUGGCCCCACCGUGAGAGGGGACCCAGCGGCUGGGACACGAGCGCCCUAGGGGCUGGCAGGGACGGGUGGAAACAGCGACCGACAUGGAUGAAGAGAAGCUCCCAUGUGAGCUGCACAAGGAAGGGAGUGCUACCCAGGACCACAGCCUGGAGCCCGAAGAGGAGCCUGGGCUCCAGAAUGGAACAGAGGCCAGCGAAGGCCCAAGCAGCCACAUCAGUGGUCCAGGCAGUGAGAAAACCUUAGAGGGCACCAUGGAGCCUGUGAGAGGCCCAGAUGUGGCCCUGCCUGGCCUUAACCUCUCUUUGACCAAUGGCCUGGCUUUGGGACAAGAUGGGAACAUUUUGGAAGAUUCCAUAGAAUUCAAGACCUGGAGAAGCGGACCAGCAGAGGAGGAGGAUGUCCCUGGGAGUCUCUGUCCAGAUGCUGAGGACCCUCAGCUGGGGCUGGAUUGUCCUGGCGAACCAGAUGUACGUGAUGGCUUCAGUGCCACUUUUGAGAAGAUUUUGGAGUCGGAGCUACUGCGGGGCACCCAGUAUAGCAGCCUGGACUCAUUAGAUGUGCUGAGUCUCACUGAUGAGAGUGAUAGCUGUGUCAGCUUCGAGGCCCCCCUUACACCUCUCAUCCAGCAGAGGGCUCGAGACAGCCCUGAGCCUGGGGCUGGGCUGGGCAAUGGGGACAUGGGGCCUGAAGGGGAUCUGGGGGCAACUGGUGGUUGUGAUGGGGAACUGGGCAGUCCCUUGAGGCGGUCCAUCUCUAGCAGCCGCUCAGAGAAUGUCUUGAGCCACCUGUCUCUCACCUCGGUGCCCAAUGGGUUCCAUGAAGAUGGGCCUGGGGGCUCGGGAGGGGACGAUGAGGACGAUGAGGACACGGACAAGUUGCUGAACUCUGCCAGUGACACCAGCCUUAAGGAUGGCCUGUCGGACUCAGACUCGGAGCUGAGCAGCUCCGAGGCGCUGGAGCCUGGCAGCACAGAUCCACUGGCCAAUGGGUGCCAGGGGGUCAGCGAAGCCGCUCGCAGGCUGGCCCGACGGCUCUACCAUCUUGAAGGUUUCCAGCGCUGUGAUGUAGCUCGGCAGCUGGGCAAGAACAAUGAGUUCAGCAGGCUGGUUGCUGGGGAGUACCUCAGUUUCUUCGACUUCUCAGGCCUCACUUUGGACAGAGCACUCAGGACCUUCCUGAAGGCCUUCCCGCUGAUGGGGGAGACACAGGAACGAGAACGAGUCCUUACCCACUUCUCUCGCCGGUACUGCCAGUGUAACCCAGAUGACAGCACAUCAGAAGAUGGGAUCCACACGCUCACCUGCGCCCUGAUGCUGCUCAACACAGACCUGCAUGGACACAACAUUGGCAAGAAGAUGUCCUGCCAGCAAUUCAUUGCCAACUUGGAUCAGCUGAACGAUGGCCAAGACUUUGCCAAAGACCUUUUGAAGACGCUUUACAACUCCAUCAAGAACGAAAAGCUGGAAUGGGCCAUUGAUGAGGAUGAGCUGAGGAAAUCCCUGUCUGAGCUGGUGGAUGACAAGUUUGGGACGGGCACAAAGAAGGUGACUCGGAUCUUGGAUGGUGGCAAUCCAUUCCUGGAUAUCCCGCAGGCUCUCAACGCUACCACCUACAAGCAUGGCGUGCUGACCCGGAAGACUCAUGCGGACAUGGACGGCAAGAGGACACCCCGUGGGAGGCGUGGCUGGAAGAAAUUCUAUGCAGUGCUCAAAGGGACCAUCCUGUACCUGCAGAAGGAUGAGUACAGGCCUGACAAGGCUCUGUCUGAGGGGGACCUGAAGAAUGCCAUCCGUGUGCACCACGCUCUGGCCACCAGGGCUUCUGACUACAGUAAGAAGUCCAACGUGCUCAAGCUGAAGACAGCAGACUGGAGGGUGUUCCUCUUCCAGGCACCGAGCAAGGAAGAGAUGCUGUCUUGGAUCCUGAGGAUCAACCUAGUAGCCGCCAUCUUCUCAGCACCAGCCUUCCCAGCAGCCGUCAGCUCCAUGAAGAAGUUUUGUCGACCCCUGCUGCCCUCCUGUACCACCCGCCUCUGCCAGGAGGAGCAGCUGCGGUCUCAUGAGAAUAAGUUGAGGCAGGUGACUGCAGAGCUGGCUGAGCACAGGUGUCACCCACUGGAGAGAGGCCUCAAGUCUAAGGAAGCAGAAGAGUACCGUCUGAAGGAACACUAUCUCACGUUUGAGAAAAGCCGUUAUGAGACUUAUAUUCACCUCCUGGCCGUGAAAAUCAAAGUGGGCUCAGAUGACCUGGAACGGAUUGAGGCUCGACUGGCUACUAUAGAAGGGGAUGACCCAGCUCUCCGGAAAACACACUCAAGCCCCGCCCUCAGCCUGGGUCACGGGCCUGUGACUGGCAGCAAAGCCACAAAGGAUACCUCUGCAUCUGAUACUUAGCUGGUGUGGCUGUGCAGGCCCUAGAGGCAGGCAAAUGUCCCCAGAGGGGUCAGUGAGCACAAUUCCAGCCAGGGAUUGCUUGGACGGAGCUCCAGGCAGUUAACAGGCAACCAGAGGGGUGUGGAGAGCCCUGUGCCCAAGGAGAUGGAGAUGUCACUCAUGACGCUGAUCUUCUUGCAUCCUGGGCCAUCGCUGGCCUAGACCCUCUCCUAGCCCUGCUGCCCUCCAGUCAUGGGGCCAGUCAUGCUCUAGAGCUGGACAAGUCUGUCACUGUUGCUUUCCCAGGUUCCCUUCUCAUCAGGCUCCUCCCUCGUCUUGUAUUUGUGAGGGUGGGUCUGGACUCUGGAUAUCAGCUUGGCUAUCCACCCUUUCUCCUCUUUCCUCUCAGUUGACCAGCAGCAGGUCUAUGGACCACCAGCAACCUUUGCAACCGGCCCAGUUCUUCUGCCUCACAUUGCAAUAAUCUGGGGCCUAACCUCCACUCAGUGCCAAGCUGAUUCCACACAUGCGUGUGUCCCCUUUCUCCUUUCAUCCCCUGAGGCCUCUCCAGCCUCUUUUUUUAUACACACACACACACACACACACACACACACACACACACACACACACACACACAAAUAUAUAUAUAUAUGUAAAGAACUCAUUUAAAGAAGGGUUGGAAACUACUACUGACUAAAGGGUGAAACCAGAAGAAGGAAAAGGCCUGACUUGGAGCCUGGCCUGCUAUGGAGGAAGCCUGCAGGGGGCUCCACUGCUCUGACACUGGAUGGGAGGAUGAAGACCCUCUGUGUUUUUGCCUUUUCCUUUUCCGGCUGACUUGUGACUCACAAUCACUUUUCCAGUUGAUGCUUUUGGACUGGACAGGAUGCGUGUGUGUGUCACCUCCUCUGUCCCAGGGGUGUCCUGUGGGGUGAGUGCCUUGGGAGCACACCUCUGUUUGCUUUUGAUCUUCCUGUGAAUACUGCCAAGGUCUCCGAGCUCCAGUGAUGCCCUCUGCACAGACCUCCUGGGAGUAAGAAAGGACGCUACCUAGCUGAGCAUCACCCUCCGGCAAGCCCAGGCUGGGCGGUAGAGUAGGGUUAAGGAAGCUGUUAGUUUGUGGUCUCGGGGAGAAGGUGGAGUGACAAGGUUUUGAUUAGUGAUAAUCCUUUCCUUUUCCUAGCAAAUCAGAAAGCCUAAGCUAAGGACCCAGUUGAGAGUAGAGACACAUGCCUCUCAUGGGUUGACAUCCUUUGAACACCGCAUCACUUAGAGCAACAAGUGAGUCUUGGGGAUAGGCCCCCUUGACACGGCUACCAAAUUGGCCAACAAUUUGCAGUCUUGGGUGACAUAAUCUUUGCAACUAAGUGCUUAACACUUCAAGUCCACUCCCAUCUGAUUCGGGGAGCUGGGAGUUUGUGGAGAGGUGUAGUGGGGUUGGGGUUGAAAUCCAAAUUGCUUAAAUUGGAUUAGCUGAAGUGCGUUAGAUAACCAAACCAUCUGGCCCCUUUGUUUUGCUCAGGGGAAACAAAUGCUCGUUUGAAUGAGAUCAGAAAGACAAUUUAGGGGGUAGCAAAGAGAUCUCAGUUCUUUGUCCAGCUGCCUGAAAGUCCUUUGAUUUUUCCAGCCAGUGUCCCACUCUCUGUGUCAUGGGUAGGGGACAGCAGAGGUGAAGUUCUUUAGCCUCAGACACGCGUGAUUCCCCAAGCACUAGUUGUGCCUCCCAUCAGUAAAGACAUUUUUUAGUUCGCUUCCUUAAUUGUAUAAUUCUUUAUUUGUAAAUUAUAUACAUGUACUACUGUACUAAAAUAUUAUGUACAUUAUAAAACAUACACAAAAAUAGAAAUUUAAAAAAGAUGAGAUGAAAAUAAAUCUAAAUCAAAGUUCUAA